AUGGAACUAGAAUUGGGAUCUUGGAACGUGAGAACUCUGCUGAAGCCUGGAGCACAAAGGAAUCUGCUAGACGAGCUUAAAAAAUAUGGAAUCAAGAUUGCAGCAAUACAAGAAACAAGAUGGCCAGGGCAGUCAAUUAGAGACACAAGAACGCACACGAUCCUGCAAAGUGGCAAACUGCAGGGAAACAGGGAAUUUGGAGUGGCCUUUAUAAUUGACAGAAGCAUAAAGCAUAGUAUAUUGGACUUUCAAGCGGUGAGUGAAAGGAUCUGUGCACUAAGAAUAAAAACUAAAUUCUUCAACAUAUCCUUUAUAAAUGUUCAUUGUCCCACAGAGGAUAAAAAUAGGGACAUCAAAGAGCAAUUUUACCAACAGCUAGAGCGAGUGUAUGACAACACCCCAAAAAAUGACAUAAAGAUUGUAAUAGGGGAUAUGAAUGCACAAAUUGGAAGGGAAGAAGGAUACGUUGGCAUAAUAGGGAAACAUAGCUUGCAUAGUGAAUCCAAUGAAAACGGAGAAAUGUUAAUAGACUUUGCAGCAAGUAAAAAUAUGAUAGUCAGCUCAACAUGCUUCCCACACAGGGAUAUACAUAAGGCUACCUGGAUAUCGCCAGAUGGACUAACGGCCAACCAGAUUGACAAUCUCUUAAUAGAAAGAAGAGGAGCCACAAGCAUUCUGGACGUCAAAGCAAGAAGAGGGGCGUCAUGUGGAACAGACCAUUUUCUUCUGCAGGCCAGAUUUAGAAGUAAAAUCCAGAAACAACAACGCAGUCAUACACAACGCUCAGAAAAAAUUGACUUAGAAAAACUGAAAGAUCAGAGAACGAGAGAGAAAUAUGAAUCAGAAGUGAGCAGGAAGAUGCAGAGCGUGGACGGUCAAACAAUGGAGGAACUUUGGGAAGUUAUAUGGGAGAACGACUAUAAUGACAACGGCCAAAGAGGUGAUAGGAACACAAAAACGCCGACGCAAAGAAACAUGGUAUGA